GGUUGCAUCCACACUGCUCCUCCACUUUCCGUGAUCAGCGUGUUCUGCAGACUGUAGUCUGAGAGAGCGGUCCUAUAAACAGCUGCCUUGCCGACCUGCAGACAGUGAGCGUGUCGCGCAGAGACAUGGACAUGAGGACACACUGAGUGCAGAUGACUGAGCCGCGGACCGUCAGGGCAUUCCUGUGAUAGGAACAACUGAUGCGCGGAAUCGACAUCAUCAAACACUCACAUCUGACAGAUUAUCACUAACAUCCUUUAAAGAACUAAGAACACAGUUUGCCAGUUGCCAGUGCGCAUUUUGGCCCUCGUGCCAACGGAAGGACCUAUGCUUUUUUAUCACUUUGCAUUGAUUUCAGUCAUUAUUGAUUUACCCCAUGCCACAGAACAGAGCAGGAUUAUAAUUCCCUCUUGGAUGUAAAAGUCAUCGAUUUUCCUACUCAUCAACACCUAACUUUUCUUUACACGUCUGGAAAUUGCGCACGGAGAUGGCGCAAAGGUACGAUGAGCUGGCUCUUUACGGAGGCGCGAUGGACGGAGUUGGAGUCCCCACCUCCAUGUACGGAGACCCGCACGCCCCCCGGCCCCUGCCCCAGGUCCACCACCUGAACCACGGGCCGCCUCCGCACCCGACGCAGCACUAUGGAGCCCACGCGCCGCACAACAUCAUGCCCAGCAGUAUGGGCAGCGCCGUCAACGACGCACUAAAGAGAGACAAGGACCAAAUCUACGGCCACCCUUUAUUUCCACUGUUGGCUCUGGUGUUUGAGAAGUGCGAGCUGGCGACCUGCACGCCCAGGGAGCCCGGGGUUGCGGGAGGAGACGUUUGCUCCUCCGACUCCUUCAAUGAAGACAUAGCCGUAUUUGCAAAACAGAUCCGCGCAGAGAAACCUUUAUUUUCUUCCAACCCAGAGCUAGAUAACUUGAUGAUUCAAGCGAUUCAAGUCCUACGAUUUCAUCUCCUGGAAUUAGAAAAGGUUCAUGAGCUCUGUGAUAACUUCUGCCAUCGGUACAUCAGCUGCCUAAAAGGCAAAAUGCCUAUCGACCUGGUCAUAGAGGACCGAGACAUCUGCAAGUCGGACUUCGACGACCUCUCCGGAUCCUCCACCAACCUCGCAGAUCAUAACCCCGCAUCCUGGAGAGACAUGGAUGACACCCACUCCAUGCCCUCUGUUGGCACCCCGGGACCGUCCAGUGGAGGACAUGUCUCUCAGAGUGGCGACAACACCAGUGAACUUGGAGAUGCCCUCGACAACAGCCUGGCAUCACCAGGCACAGGAGACGAGGAUGACCAAGACAAGAAAAGGCAGAAGAAACGAGGCAUUUUCCCCAAAGUAGCAACAAAUAUAAUGAGAGCAUGGCUCUUCCAGCACCUUACGCACCCAUACCCCUCAGAGGAACAGAAAAAGCAGCUAGCACAAGACACAGGCCUCACCAUCCUUCAAGUGAACAACUGGUUUAUCAAUGCAAGGAGGAGAAUAGUCCAGCCUAUGAUUGACCAGUCCAACAGAGCAGUGAGUCAGGGAACAGCUUACAGUCCGGAUGGCCAGCCAAUGGGAGGAUUUGUUCUUGAUGGGCAGCAGCACAUGGGUCUCCGACCUGGAGGGCCAAUGGGUAGCAUGGGCAUGAACAUGGGCAUGGACGGGCAAUGGCACUACAUGUAAAUCCACUUCACUGAGGCAAACCUGAAAAACACUGGUAAAGCCUCCAUGGUGGGCUCAGGGAUCUUCUAACAACUGGUUGUGGAGCUCAGUACUGUAGCCGCCUCCGCAGCCAACACGUCAAACCCACCUGAUCAUAUAUCCACUUGGCUACUCCCACUCCCACCUCACCUUGCCCGAGCCUGCACGUGUAGAGGAUCGCAUGGAAGCACCAGGUCGCUCAAAACUUUAACAAUAAACGGAACAGAAACUUGGAGCUUUACGGCUGCAUGGAAAAUAUAAGGACAAAGGACUUCAUAGUGAAGAGAAGCAGUUUGACACAUCGCCAUUUCGUUUGAAUUAUUUAUUUAUUUUUCUACAACAGCGGACCACGGGAAAGACAACUUUUUACCUUUUUCCCAUUUUUCAACUAAAGCUUUACCUUCGCAAAUAAAAUUGUAGAAAACACACACACGCACACACACACACACACACACACACACACACACACACACACAACCUCUCUUUACAGGAAAACAAAACAAAAAACACUGUGAAUAUUUUUGAAUUGUGCUAGAUUUGUGCUCUUUAUUUGGCUGUUUCUAUUUAUGUUUGUGCUUGUGAUCACUAGAGGAGUGAGCUUGUACCACUGACAUGUUUUUUUUUUUUAAAUCCCAACUUUAAUCAAAAUGUUUAAAGAAAAAAAACUGUACAUUUUUGUUUCUGUUUUCAAUGCACUGCAUCUCUUUCCUUUUACUUGUGUUCUUAUAAAUUGGAACUGAAACCUUUUUUGACAAUGUUUUGAAUAGUUUUUAGCACCAAAACACAGAGAAGUCUGCACUAAAAUCAAAUAAAGAAGCUUAAAUGAGGAAGACAAAAAAAGGAUUGAGCAAAGUGAUUUAAUGUGAAGAGCAGAUCUGCCAUCCUGAUUGUUUCCGUUAUGCUAUUUUCCUGCGUGCUCACUUUAAAAUCCGAUGGCGAAAGGUCAGUGUAGGCGUUGGAGAAAAUGGUUCAAGCAACGACAUUAGUUGGUGGUGCAGGUCACGUAGCAAGCACUGGUUCGAUAUGAGACGGGAUUGCAGUUGUCUCGCGUUAUUCGAUUGAUGGUGACAGGAAUGAUGGAUGGCCUGGCUGCAAAAUUCAGAGCGAAGUCGGAGGCUGCAGCGGCGGUCAGCUUUUACUAAAUGUUGUUUCUAUGUAUAGUCUAUAGGGCUACUGCUGGGAUGGUUGGAUGCAUAUGUGUGAGUAUGUCUCUGACAGGAAGACAAAAAUAUGUAGACACAUGUAAAAUGAAAAACAUUGUUUCCUAAAAAAAAAAAAAAAAAAAAAAAAGAAAUUCGUUUUCAAUGAAACACUGAUGUUUUUUUACUGUCGGUUCCAGGGUAGGCCUACAUUUGCAUCACAGGAGAAACAUAAAAAAUACAAAACCUACGACUUAUGUAAGCUAUGUAAAUGUAUAAACAAAGGCAUCGCAGCACCUUUUCAUUUAUCACUGUCAGCCUGUAACGAUCCUCUGCGGUUUGUAUUGACGAGGAAAGCAGCAGCCAGAGAAGACUGUUAGAGCUGGAGAUGGCCGUAAUGCGCCUUUAUAAUUAUUGAUAGAAAUUCAUUUUAAUCUUUAACAAUCGACCGAAAUUAUAAAGCGCUUCAUCCGUCCAUACAAUCCGCAGGAUUUCGCUUUAUACACUGUGGAAACAAUUGUUUAGGCCUAUACAAUAGCCUGUAUUAUUAUUAUUAUUAUUAUUAUUAUUAUUAUAUUAUUAUUAUUAUUAUUAUUAUUAUAAUAGCCUACUGGUCAUAUUUUAUUAAAUCCGAAAAGUGAGUUUUACAGUCCCUAUUCUUCCGGCAAGUGCUGUCAUACUGUCAUCGAAUAAAACAACCACUUU